AUGACCCUCCCCCGCCCCCAAAUCUUCGACAUCCUAAUCCUCGGCGCCGGCCCUGCAGGCCUCAACGCAGCCCUAACCUGCGCCCGCACCCGCACCACAGCCCUCGUCCUCGACUCGCAGCAAUACCGCAAUGAGGGCAUACAGCACAUGCACACCGUCGCCUCCCGCGACCACUUCCCACCCGACGACUUCCGGCGCAUAUCCCGCGAGCAAAUCGAAGCGCGCUACGACACCGUCUGGUUCCACCACGCCACCAUUACCUGCGCGCGGAAAUCAGUCUUCGCCCUCCCCACCCCACCCUCUCCAUACCAAGGGUUCCAAAUCACAGACGACACGGGUGUGUCGUACCGCGGCAAAAAACUCAUCUUAGCAACCGGCUCCCGCGACAUCUUCCCCGCCAUCCCCGGGUACGCUGAAAACUGGCCCGCGCAUAUCUACCAGUGUCUCGCGUGCGACGGGUACGAGCAGCGCGGUAGCGCCAUCGCGAUUCUCGGCUUCGACGCAUCGGCGUACACGCAUUUUGUGUGUAUGGCGGCGGCGCUGGAUCCGGCGGCGUCGAUUACCAUUUUGACGAAUGGGAAGGUGAGGGAGGAGGCGAAGGUGAAGGAGGCGGUGGUGGUGGCGAGGGCCAUGGGGGCGACGCUGGAUGAGCGGAGGAUUGUAGGGAUGGUGAAUAAUGGGGCUAGCCAUGUCGAGGGUGUGACUGUGCGGUUUGAAGGGGGCGAGGAGAAGAGGUUUGGGUUUGUGGUGCAUAAGCCUUCUACUGUGAAUCGGGCGCAGGGGUUGAUUGAGGAGUUGGGGGUGGAGACGGUGCCGGAGGAGGCGGGGGGGCAUGUGAGGAUUGUGAAUGCCAUGUUUAAUGAGACGAGUGUUAGAGGGGUUUUCGCGGCGGGGGAUACGAUGGUGGCGAUGAAGCAGGUUGUUAUUGCGAUGGCUGAGGGGGUUAAGGCUGCGGCGGGGGCGGGGGUGCAGAUUUCGCAGGAGAGGGUAGAGGAGGUGAGGAGGGGGUUGGAGAGGAAAGAGCAGGUGGUGGGAGGGGAGAGGGAGAAGGUGGAGGUUGUGUCGCAUUGA